AUGACCUCCGAACUCGCCCCGUGUUUGGAUGCGUUCGGAUGGGAAGAACUGCUCACCCCGAGGGCAUCAGGCACAGGCAGCUCUGGGUUUGGGACAGUGGUGCAUGUGCCAACUGACCCCGACCCCCCCAUGUCCCCAGAGAGGCCAGCCUGCAGCCUGGCCCGCGGGACUCCCAAACUCUGCUACCAGCUGCCCUCCCUGUCUCAGAGCAGAGCGGUUGAUUAG